AUGUCUGUGGACGUUGGGCUGUUGUCGGUUCUUGAGAAAAGUCUUUCACUAGAAAAGCACGAACUUGAGGCUGCCCAACACUUCCUUGAGGAAGCGGCUAAGGUAGACCUUUUUGGCCUGCUGAAGCAACUUAGUGAUGUGUUGAUCAACACGGAAUGCUCUCCUCAUGUACGUACACAGGCUGGCAUACAGCUUAAAAAUGCCCUGUAUUCGAAAGAUCCUAGUGUGAAAACAUUGUACCAACAACGAUGGCUGCAAGCUCCUUUGGAGACCAGACAGUAUAUCAAGAAAAAUUGUCUAAUGGCCUUAGGGACAGAAACUACAACACACAGUUCUGCUGCACAAUGCGUGGCUUACAUCGCAUGUGCUGAAAUCCCUGCACAUCAAUGGCCAGACUUGAUGGGGAGAUUGGUAGAAAAUGUUAUAACACCAAACAAAGUGGAGGCGUGUAAGCGUUCAACGCUAGAAGCCAUAGGAUACAUAUGUCAGGACAUAGAUCCAUGUAUAUUAGCCAGUCAAUCAAAUGCUAUCCUAACAGCUAUAGUUUGCGGUAUGAAAAAAGAAGAACCAAGUGAUGGUGUUCGUCUUGCAGCCACAAAUGCGUUGCUGAAUUCUCUGGAAUUCACCAAACAUAACUUCGAUGUUGAUAAUGAACGAAAUUACAUAAUGCAAGUUGUUUGUGAAUCUACUCAGUCACCAAGCUCGCAUAUCCGUGUGGCAGCCCUCCAGUGCUUAGUGAAAAUUAUGUCGCUUUACUACACUUAUAUGGAACCCUAUAUGAAACAGGCGUUAUUUGCUAUCACACUGGAUGCCAUGAAAGAUUCAGUACCAGAAGUUGCCCUGCAAGGCAUUGAAUUUUGGUCUACAGUUUGUGAUGAAGAAAUCGAUCUGGCUAUUGAUGUUGCUGAAUGCUUUGAUAAAGGUCAACCGCCAGCUGUGUCCAGUAUGUUUUACGCCAAAGGAGCUUUGCAAUUUAUUGUGCCAAUUUUGAUGGAGAUUCUUGCCCAACAAGAUGAGUCCAUGGAUGAUGAUGAAUGGAAUCCAAGUAAAGCAGCCGGUGUAUGUUUGAUGCUGUUAGCACAAUGUUGUGAAGAUCCUAUAGUUAAUCUAGUCAUUCCUUUUGUUAAAGAAAACAUUAAAAAACCUGAUUGGAGGUACAGGGAUGCUGCCGUAAUGAGCUUCGGUAGCAUUCUUGAAGGUCCUGAUCCUGCAGCUCUGAAGCCUCUUGUGGAGUCUGCUAUGCCCGUGAUAAUCGAGUUGUUGCAUGACGAGUCACCGGCUGUUCGUGAUACAGCUGCCUGGACUAUCGGACGUGUAUGUGAAACUCUCCCGGAAAUCGCUCUACACGAAGUGUAUCUAGUCCCCUUGUUGACUGGAUUGGUCGAAGGGUUGUCCGCUGAGCCAAGAGUUGCUACUAACGUGUGUUGGGCAUUCUCUAGUCUUGCUGAAAGUGCUUAUGAUGCUGCUUCAGAAAGCGCCGGACAUAAUGGUGAACCAAAGACCUAUGUACUGUCACAAUACUUCAAUGUGAUAACAGAACGCCUACUAGCCACAUCCAGCCGACCCGACGGGGGACAACACAAUCUCCGUAAUGCAGCCUACUCUGCUCUGAUGGCGUUAAUGCGUUCUGCAGCUCAAGAUUGUUACUGUGAAGUACAACGGGUUACAUUGAUUGUUCUUGAACGAUUAGAAUCCAUUAUUGGUUUAGAGCACCAAAUUGUAUCACAUCAAGAUAGAGCACAAUUCAAUGACUUACAGUCACUUUUAUGCGGAACUUUACAAUCAGUUUUAAGAAAAAUCAGUAAAGAGGAUGCCCCAGCAAUAUCAGAUAAAGUGAUGCUGGCUCUCAUGUCCAUGUUUCGAACAAACACUACCUCAGUUGCUGAAGGCUCUGGUGACCAAGCGGUUAUUAACGGAGAGACAGACAAAGCCAAAUAUGGUGAUGGUGUUCAAGAAGAUGCUCUACUUGCUGUAUCCGCUCUUGUUGAAGCUGUUGGAGAGUCUUUCCUUAAAUACUUGAAUGAUUUUAUGCCUAUCUUAGUCACUUGCCUGCGUAAUCAUACUGAUACACAAGUUUGUAUGAAUGCCGUUGGUCUGCUGGGAGAUAUGUGUCGCGCUUUGAAUAAACACCUGCUUCCACAUUGUGAUGGUUUGGUCACAAUUCUGAUGGAGAUUUUACAAGAUGUAAGUGCCAACAAAUCUCUUCGUCCAGCUGUUUUAUCCACAUUUGGUGAUCUGUCGUUAGCCUUGGGUUCAGAAUUCUGGAAAUACCUUCCUGUUGUAUUAGAAACAUUGAGUCAAGCAACUCAAGCUGAAGUAAAUCUUGAAGAUCCAGAUAUGGUAGAGUAUCUGAAUUCCUUACGUACUAGUUGUCUGGAGGCUUAUACAGGUGUUAUUCAAGGGCUUAAAGGAGAUGGACCACAAUCUGCUGCUGCAUUGGAGUUUGUUGCAAGCAAUGUGCCGCAUAUUUUGAACUUUAUCCAACAUGUCGGUGCUGAUUCUAUCACCACUGAUGAAAUUUUAUCUGCUUUAUGUGGUCUAGUAGGAGAUCUUGUUUCAGCUUAUGGUGCAAGCAUUUUAUCUGUUGUCGAAGUCGAUGGUAUUGCUGCAGUUUUACAAAAAGGUCGUAGAGCUAAAUCAUCUCGUACUAAAAAUUUGGCUCCACUACUAUCCAGGCUUCGCCUUCUGGAUAAAAAUAAAGGGGUGGUUAUUCUUCAGUCCGAAAAUUCUCACUUAUAUGAUGAUGAUGCAUAA